AUGGCAACAAAAUAUAACAUGUCAAUUCAAUUAUUUUUACUUUUUGUCAAUAUAAUGCUAAUUCGCAUCUCUCAAUGUAGUGAAAAUAAUGAUUAUAAUUAUGAACCUUUCAAACAUUUACAAUAUCCAACUGUAAUGAAAGAUAUAGAAGAUGAAUGUGAGAAAUGUGAUCGUAAAAAAUGUCCACCUAUUAUACAAUGUAAUGUUGGUACAGUACGUGAUAAAUGUGGAUGUUGUGAUAUUUGUGCAUUAGAAGAAGCUCAAUUAUGUAAUAUACCUGAAGAUUUUAAAAAUGGUAUUUUAAAACCAGGAAUUACAUGGCAUGGAAUGUGUGGUACAGAUUUAGAAUGUCGUACACGUACAGAUAUUGACUCAAAGAUAAUUGGAUCGCAAAGUAUAUGUUAUUGUGUUAAACCUGGUAAAGUAUGCGGUUCUGAUGGUGUAACGUAUUCAAAGUGUAAAAUGAAUGCAACAAUCAUCUCAUCGAAUGGUACAGUUAUUCCAAUUAGUGAAGGACCUUGUCAAACUGCACCUUCGGUCAAAUUAACUGUAUUAAAUCAAACUGUUAUUGAAGGUACAAAUGUUACAUUGAUUUGUGAAGCACGCGGUUAUCCGCUUCCAACCAUUACUUGGUAUUUUAAUAAACCAAAUCAAAAGCAGGAUAAAAUUCAAAUGCCAGGUAAUUACAAAGAUUUUACUGUUAGUGUUCGUGGAGGAACUGAAGAAACACACACUAUAUCUUAUUUACAAAUAACAAAUUUCAUCUUAGAAUAUGAAGGUGAAUAUGUAUGUAUGGCUGAUAAUAUUGUUGGAAUUAAAGCACAAGGUACAUCAUUAGUUAGAAAUAGUGCUUCACCAAUGUUUUCAUCUUCUGAAUUAUAUUUACAUAAUGAUGAUGAUGAUGAAUCAAAACAUUAAUACAAUUGAAAUUGAGUACAAAUAUUUUUUAAACAAGACACCUUAACUAAUAUUUACACAAAUAAAGGUACAUUCUAAUUACCCAUUAACAGUUUAUCUGUUUCUUUAUGCAUGUUUAAUCAUCAAUUGUUUGUUAUUCAUUAAAACAAAACGAUUAGUUUGCUUUUUUUUCUCUUUUUAAAUUGAAAUUAACAAACCAAGUUCUAGAAAAAUAUAACUUUA